UCCUCCAGGUCGGAGCAGGAGGCACACGGAGAGUGAGGCCACGCAUGAGCGGACGCUAACCCCCCACCCCAGCCGCAAAGAGUCUACAUGUCUAGGGUCUAGACAUGUUCAGCUUUGUGGACCCCCGGCUCCUGCUCCUCUUAGCGGCCACCGCUCUCCUGACGCACGGCCAAGAUGAGAGCUUAGACGGAGACAUCCCCUCACUCUCCUGCGUCCAAGACGGGCUCAAGUACAAAAACCGCGAUGUCUGGAAGCCCGAGCCCUGCCGGAUCUGCGUCUGCGACAAAGGCACCGUGUUAUGUGAUAAAGUGACGUGCCCCGAUAACGACAAAUGUCCAGGCGCCAUCAAAAACCCGGGAGAGUGCUGUGCCAUCUGCCCCGACGGCGAGGCUUCACCCACCGACCAAGAAACCACAGGCGUAGAGGGACCCAAAGGAGACACUGGCCCCCGGGGCCCCAGGGGACCUGCAGGACCCGCUGGCCGAGAUGGUAUCCCAGGACAGCCCGGACUUCCCGGACCCCCCGGACCCCCCGGGCCUCCUGGACCCCCUGGUCUUGGAGGAAACUUUGCUCCCCAGAUGUCUUAUGGCUAUGAUGAGAAAUCAGGUGGAGGAGGGUUGUCUGUGCCGGGCCCCAUGGGUCCCUCUGGUCCUCGUGGUCUCCCUGGCCCCCCUGGUGCACCUGGUCCCCAAGGUUUCCAAGGUCCUGCUGGUGAGCCUGGCGAGCCUGGAGCCUCAGGUCCCAUGGGUCCCCGUGGCCCCCCUGGCCCCCCUGGCAAGAACGGAGAUGAUGGUGAAGCUGGAAAGCCUGGUCGUGCUGGCGAGCGUGGACCUCCUGGGCCUCAGGGUGCUCGGGGAUUGCCCGGAACAGCUGGCCUCCCUGGAAUGAAGGGACACAGAGGCUUUAGUGGUUUGGAUGGUGCCAAGGGAGAUUCUGGUCCUGCUGGUCCCAAGGGUGAGCCUGGUAGCCCUGGGGAAAACGGAGCCCCUGGCCAAAUGGGUCCCCGUGGUCUGCCUGGUGAGAGGGGUCGUCCUGGAGCCCCUGGACCUGCUGGUGCUCGAGGCAAUGAUGGUGCUACUGGUGCUGCUGGACCCCCUGGUCCCACUGGCCCCGCCGGCCCCCCUGGCUUCCCUGGUGCUGUUGGUGCUAAGGGUGAAUCUGGUCCCCAAGGGACCCGAGGCUCUGAAGGUCCCCAGGGUGUUCGUGGUGAGCCUGGUCCCCCUGGCCCUGCUGGUGCUGCUGGCCCUGCUGGAAACCCUGGUGCUGAUGGACAGCCUGGUGGCAAAGGUGCCAAUGGUGCUCCUGGCAUUGCUGGUGCCCCUGGCUUCCCCGGUGCCCGAGGCCCCUCUGGACCUCAGGGCCCCAGCGGCGCUCCUGGCCCCAAGGGUAACAGUGGUGAACCUGGUGCUCCUGGCAACAAAGGGGACGCUGGCGCCAAGGGAGAACCUGGUCCCACUGGUGUUCAAGGCCCCCCCGGCCCUGCUGGUGAAGAAGGCAAGCGUGGAGCCCGAGGUGAACCCGGGCCCAGUGGCCUGCCCGGCCCCCCUGGCGAGCGUGGUGGACCUGGGAGCCGUGGUUUUCCUGGUUCCGAUGGUGUUGCUGGUCCCAAGGGUCCCGCUGGUGAGCGUGGGUCUCCUGGCCCUGCUGGUCCCAAAGGUUCUCCUGGUGAAUCUGGCCGUCCUGGUGAAGCUGGUCUGCCUGGUGCCAAGGGGCUGACUGGAAGUCCUGGCAGCCCUGGUCCUGACGGCAAAACCGGCCCCCCUGGCCCCGCUGGUCAAGAUGGCCGCCCUGGACCCCCAGGCCCCCCCGGAGCUCGUGGUCAGGCUGGUGUGAUGGGAUUCCCUGGCCCGAAAGGUGCUGCUGGAGAGCCCGGCAAAGCUGGAGAGCGUGGUGUACCCGGAGCCCCCGGUGCUAUUGGUGCUGCUGGCAAGGACGGAGAAGCUGGUGCUCAGGGUCCCCCUGGCCCUAGCGGCCCCGCUGGCGAGAGAGGUGAACAAGGUCCUGCUGGCUCCCCCGGAUUCCAGGGUCUCCCUGGCCCAGCUGGUCCCCCCGGCGAAUCCGGCAAACCCGGUGAACAGGGUGUGCCUGGAGACCUCGGUGCCCCCGGCCCCUCUGGAGCAAGAGGCGAGAGAGGUUUCCCCGGCGAGCGUGGUGUGCAGGGCCCCCCUGGUCCGGCCGGUCCCCGUGGCUCCAAUGGCGCUCCUGGAAAUGAUGGUGCUAAGGGAGAUGCUGGUGCUCCUGGAGCCCCCGGUAGCCAAGGUGCCCCUGGCCUUCAGGGAAUGCCCGGUGAACGUGGUGCAGCUGGUCUUCCAGGCCCCAAGGGUGACAGAGGCGAUGCUGGUCCCAAAGGUGCUGAUGGUUCUCCCGGCAAAGACGGCGUCCGUGGUCUGACUGGCCCCAUUGGUCCUCCUGGCCCUGCCGGCUCCCCUGGUGACAAGGGUGAAUCUGGUCCCAGCGGCCCUGCUGGACCCACUGGAGCCCGCGGUGCCCCCGGAGACCGUGGUGAACCUGGUCCUGCCGGCCCUGCUGGCUUCGCUGGCCCCCCUGGUGCUGAUGGCCAACCUGGUGCUAAAGGUGAACCUGGUGAUGCUGGUGCUAAAGGAGAUGCUGGCCCCCCCGGCCCUGCUGGACCCACUGGAGCCCCUGGCCCCAUUGGUAACGUCGGAGCUCCUGGACCCAAAGGUGCCCGUGGCAGCGCUGGUCCCCCUGGUGCUACUGGUUUCCCUGGUGCCGCUGGCCGCGUGGGCCCCCCUGGCCCCUCUGGAAAUGCUGGACCCCCUGGCCCUCCUGGCCCUUCUGGCAAAGAAGGCGGCAAAGGUCCCCGUGGUGAGACUGGCCCUGCUGGACGCCCCGGUGAAGUCGGCCCCCCUGGUCCCCCCGGCCCAUCUGGAGAGAAAGGAUCCCCUGGUUCUGAUGGACCUGCGGGUGCUCCCGGAACUCCUGGACCUCAGGGUAUUGGUGGACAGCGUGGUGUGGUUGGCCUGCCUGGUCAGAGAGGAGAAAGAGGCUUCCCUGGUCUUCCUGGUCCUUCUGGCGAACCCGGCAAACAAGGUCCUUCUGGCUCCAGUGGUGAACGUGGUCCCCCCGGCCCCAUGGGCCCCCCUGGAUUGGCCGGACCUCCUGGUGAAUCUGGACGAGAGGGCUCUCCCGGUGCUGAAGGCUCCCCUGGACGUGAUGGCUCUGCUGGCCCCAAGGGUGACCGUGGUGAGACUGGCCCUGCUGGACCUCCUGGUGCCCCUGGUGCUCCUGGUGCCCCUGGCCCCGUUGGCCCUGCUGGCAAGAACGGUGACCGUGGCGAGACCGGUCCUGCCGGUCCUGCUGGUCCCAUCGGCCCCGUGGGCGCUCGUGGCCCCUCUGGACCCCAAGGUGCCCGUGGUGACAAGGGUGAGACUGGCGAGCAGGGUGACAGAGGCAUGAAGGGUCACCGUGGCUUCUCUGGUCUCCAGGGUCCUCCUGGUCCCCCCGGCUCUCCUGGUGAGCAAGGUCCCUCUGGAGCUUCUGGUCCUGCCGGUCCCCGAGGUCCCCCUGGCUCUGCCGGCUCCCCUGGCAAAGACGGACUGAGUGGCCUCCCAGGCCCCAUCGGCCCCCCUGGUCCUCGAGGUCGCACUGGUGAUGCCGGCCCUGUGGGUCCCCCCGGACCUCCUGGGCCUCCCGGUCCCCCUGGCCCUCCCAGCGGCGGCUUCGACUUCAGCUUCAUGCCCCAGCCACCUCAAGAGAAGGCACACGAUGGCGGCCGCUACUACCGGGCCGAUGAUGCUAAUGUGGUUCGGGACCGGGACCUCGAGGUGGACACCACCCUCAAGAGCCUGAGCCAGCAGAUUGAGAACAUCCGAAGCCCCGAGGGCAGCCGCAAGAACCCCGCCCGCACUUGCCGGGACCUCAAGAUGUGCCACUCAGACUGGAAGAGCGGAGAAUACUGGAUUGACCCGAACCAAGGCUGCACCCUGGACGCCAUCAAGGUCUUCUGCAACAUGGAGACGGGCGAGACCUGCGUGUACCCCACUCAGCCCAGCGUGGCCCAGAAGAACUGGUACAUCAGCAAGAACCCCAAGGAGAAGAGCCACGUCUGGUACGGCGAGAGCAUGACCGACGGCUUCCAGUUCGAAUACGGCGGCGAGGGCUCCGACCCUGCUGAUGUGGCCAUCCAGCUGACCUUCCUGCGCCUGAUGUCCACUGAGGCCUCCCAGAACAUCACCUACCACUGCAAGAACAGCAUCGCCUACAUGGACCAGCAGACCGGCAACCUCAGGAAGGCACUUCUCCUCCAGGGCUCCAACGAGAUCGAGAUCCGGGCCGAGGGCAACAGCCGCUUCACCUACAGUGUCAUCUCCGACGGCUGCACGAGUCACACCGGAGCCUGGGGCAAGACAAUCAUCGAGUACAAGACCACCAAGACCUCCCGCCUGCCCAUCAUCGACGUGGCCCCCUUGGACAUUGGUGCCCCAGACCAGGAAUUCGGCUUCGACAUUAGCCCUGUCUGCUUCUUGUAAACGUCCCCCCCCACCAACUUGGCUCCCUCCCACCCA